CCAUCACUCACAAUGAACAAAAUCAGUGAAAGGGGAGCUUCGCAGCACGAACACUACGAGACCAAACGAAGCAAGCAUCGAGCUCAACCAGUUAAUUCCAAAUCCCACGUGAUCAUCCCUUGAACGCUGUCAACGUCGAUCUCGCAUUUUGAUACCCAGGUCGCGACGAUGUCUUUGCAUGCCAUUCAGUCGCAGUACUGGGCGGUGCGUGACUAUCUAAGCCCAGUUCUCCGAGAGAGCAAAUUUAAGGAGCAUGGUCGCAUUACACCUGAGGAGUUCGUUGCGGCUGGGGAUUUCCUCACCUACAAAUUUCCGCUAUGGACGUGGGAGAAAGGCGAGCCCUCCAAAGCACGCGACUUCUUGCCACCAGAGAAGCAGUAUCUGAUGACACGAGCAGUGCCGUGUCCUCGGCGAGCUACCUCAUUAGCAUAUACAGACGCUGAUGAGGAUGCAGAGAAGAUGCUUUCCUUUGCAGAGGAAGGCACAGAUGACAAAGAAGAGGAAUGGGUUCAGACUCACUCUGGGCGAAAACCUUCGGAGGCAGCGCACAUAGGAGACAUAGAUGACAUUCCAGAUUUCGAUGGCCCGGCAUCUGGACUCCCAGCCGCGAUGAAUAAAUUGGAUAUCAAUGCUUCCCCUCACAUCGACGACAUUCCUGACAUGGAGGAGGAGGGUCUCGAAGAAGAGGACGAAGAUGCGAAAGGAAAUUUACUGCAAGUACGGACGUACGAUGUCAUGAUUACCUACGACAAGUACUAUCAGACACCACGAAUCUGGCUUCUAGGCUAUGACGAGGCCCGUAAUCCACUCACGCCUUCCCAAGUCUUUCAAGAUGUAUCAGCCGAUCAUGCCUUUAAAACGGUCACAAUCGAUCCCUUCCCUCAUUCAUCUAAGCUCAGAGUCGCCUCAGUUCACCCUUGCAAACAUGCAGACGUCAUGAAGAAGGUUAUUGAACGCAUGAACGCUGGGGUUAUCGACGAGCAGAAGGCGAAUACCCCUGGGAAAGGCGCUGACGGCAAGAAGCGGUGGUUUGGUGGAGUGGUGCGAAAGGUUACAGGGGGAGGCAAUUCGUCAACUCCAGCAGCUGACCAGAACAACAACGGCAGUUCAGAGGGAAUGCGAGUCGAUAUGUACCUUGUCGUGUUCCUCAAAUUCAUCGCCAGCAUCGUGCCGACCAUCGAAGUGGAUUCUACCACGGCAUUAUAGGAGUGACAGCGUUUGCAUUCGUGUACUCUCUAGACUAGGACUCGCGCAAUUGUGCAUUUCACAACCUAUUUGUAUCAUAACCCGAAACAAAUAAAACAUCAAGUAGUCCGUCCGAUCACGACAAGGAUUCAACGUUCCCCAAUCACGAAUAAGGACAUCAUGUCACGCGAGGCCCGCAAGAGAGACCUCACGCCUUGACCAUGGUGGAUUCCGAUUUGUGGCGUUCCCGAUACUUAUGGGACUUCUUGGGCCGUUUGUUCGCUCGGCCGUUCUCCUGCUGGUCCUUCUCUUGCUUUCCCUC